AUGACAUCUCCAAAUCUCGGUAUCAUCUUCCGAGCCAAGAUCGAUACAGCCAUCUUCCCAUGUCGGCUUUGCGAUCCUGAAGAGGAUGAGAUUUUUUACUACACGAGCCCUGCUCUCGCUCAACACAGCACCAAGGUCCACAAGCAGCCAACAACCGUGAUCUUUGAACGCUAUGAUUGUGAUGCGACCUUUAAGUCUCGUGCAUCCUUAUUGUCGCACAAUUGCAUUAAGGAAUUCAUGCCUGAUGAGCAAGCGCGGGUACCUCCUAUCACAGAAGAUGCACCUGAUGGGAAUUCUAUUGUCGACCUUGUGGUGAUAUCCACUACCAAGUCCUUUGUUUGUCCUCGUUGUGCAACCGCUCGCUUCACAGACCUUACCCACCUACAAGAACAUCAUCUCAAACAACUUUAUCAACACUUGUGUCCUGUUUGGGGUUGUCCUCGACAAUGUGUAUACCGUGAUAUCGAAAAGCGGGCGAUAACGGAGCACUUGAAGUACUCGUGUAAUGCUGAUGAGGAACCGGAAAACGACUUUGCACAAGAAUUUUGCUUUGGCUGUGACCGCUUAUUACCAUCCAAUGAGAUGACUGAACACCUCCAUCAGCAUCCAGGCCUUGUGGAUGCCAUGGCAAGCAAUUUCAUGGAAGCUACCUUUCGCGAUUUGGAUAUCAUCAAGGAGAUUAUCGGCAUUGUGGGAUGGGAUGUAAAUGAUGUUAAGCAGCAACUACGACAACGCCAAGUUUGGAAGCACAACAACAUCAUCCACACAGCUCUUUCCACUCUACGCACACGUCAACAACAACAGCAGCAGCAUUCGUUAUCAUCCACUCGCACUGCCAAUGAUACUUCCAACAUCAACUCUGCCAAUAGCACACCAUACAACACGCCUCGUUUGUAG